GAACAGAUAGUUUUAAUUUAUUAUUAACCGUAUCACAAUGAAUGUUGAUAUGAAACUGGAGCCAAAAACAACAUCUAUUACUGACGAAUAUGACGUUGAUUGGAACCAAAAACUAGGAACAGGUAUUUCUGGCCCAGUUCGUGUGGCAACAAAACGCAGCACUGGUGAUAAAUACGCGAUUAAGGUUGUUGUCGAUCGGCCAAAAGCCCAGCAGGAAAUCCAGAUGCAUUGGAUGUGUAGUGGCCAUCCACAUGUAGUUAAUUUGUAUGAAGUUUAUCGCAAUGAGCUUCAGUUUCCUGGUGAAUCCGAAUCCCAGUCACGUUUGUUGCUUGUGUUAGAAUUGAUGGAUGGAGGAGAACUCUUCUUUCGCAUCAGCAAGCAACAUGGCUUUACUGAGCGGCAUGCAGCAGCCACUACCAUGCAGAUAGCGCUUGCAGUACAGCAUCUACAUAGUUUAAAUAUCGCUCACAGAGACUUAAAACCAGAGAAUCUGCUUUAUAAAGACUCAUCUGAUGAGUCACCCAUUAAGCUAUGUGACUUUGGCUUUGCAAAACUUGAUAAUGGUGACUUGAUGACCCCACAGUUUACACCCUAUUACGUUUCACCACAAGUUCUGGAAGCGCAACGACGACACAGAAGAGAGCGAUCUAGUGUAUCUGUAUCGUCACCUUAUACUUAUGAUAAAAGCUGUGACAUGUGGUCUUUAGGAGUUAUCAUUUAUAUCUUACUGUGCGGUUAUCCCCCAUUUUACUCUGAGCACCCUUCUUCUCGUCGAGCAAUAGACCGCAGCAUGAGGCGUAAAAUUAUGAAUGGAACCUAUAAUUUUCCAGAGCGAGAGUGGGAAAGGGUUUCUGAACCAGCCAAAGACAUUGUUCGUAAACUUCUCUGUGUUGAUCCCCAUGAACGCAUGAGUAUUGAAGACCUAGUUCAGCAUCCUUGGUUAAAUGAAGAGGUUCCAGACACUCUACUUCAGUCACCUGUGUUCAUGUCCAACAAGGCAAACAUGCAAGAUACAAUUGCCCUUCACUCUUCGCAUGUACGUAAUAUGAGGAUACCUGAUCGGCCAAGUAAGUUAAAACCUGUUGAAUCUGCCGUGAAUCCAAUUUUAGUGAAAAGACAACAGAUCAUGCGUCAAGGAGAAGAAGGAAGAAAGAUGCAUUCACCAUCUCCACCUCCACCACCUCCUCCAUACAUAAAAGCAGUACGUGAUGUGAUUGCUUGCUGUCUCAUCCCCAAGAUAUCUUUAAACACUGAAGAAAAGAAGACUGCAUUGAUUGAUGCAGUAGCUAGGGCUGUGAAAGAAUGGUCAGAAAAUGAAGAACUAAUGUCUGCUUUAAAAGAACAGUCUUGGAAUGGAACAAGCUUUAACGAUGAAGUUAACACUUACGAGCUUGGAUGUGCAUUAAAGGCUCUUCUGAAAGGGGAACAGAAGCAUUGAUGUGCAUGUGCAGCUGCUUUGUUUUAAGCUUCAUAUUUUGUGCAAAGGGAAACUUGUAAUGGGGUUAGGUACUAUAGUUUCAAUUUCAUCAAAAAAUAUCAUUUUGUCAAUCUUUUUAAUGCUUUAUUUUACUGAAAUCACCAUCAUUGACCUGUAUACAUGUUUAUUUUACUGAAAACUGACACAUCUUAUUUAUGAACUAUUGAAUAUCAAACAUUAUUUCACUCAUAUCUCCCUAUUUCUGUUUCAACUUUAUUCAUCUUAAUCUUUUAAUUUAAAUAAAACUUUUGUGUGAGAGUUUU